AUGGCGACGGGGAUGCCAGCAGAUGAGGGUGAUAUUCGUAUCGAAGAAGAUGAUAUUUUGGAUAAUGGCAGUGAUUUACACACUUCCACGGAUCAUAUGAGUGAAGAUCCAGAUAUGGAGGCAUUAGCAAAUCGUAUGAAAGAAAUUGAAGAAGAAGCUCAGUUAAUACGCCAAAUGCAAAGUGAUGUUGAGAAACAAAUGAAUAUGAGCACCGGCAGUAACACUUCUCAAAGUGUGGCUUCGAUUGAAGAUAAAAUUGAAACAGAUAGUAGAUCUGUUUACGUGGGGAAUGUUGAUUAUUGUUCGACUGCAGAAGAACUAGAAGCUCAUUUUCAUGGAUGCGGUUCCGUAAAUAGAGUAACAAUCUUGACAGAUAAAUUCACAGGUCAUCCAAAAGGAUUCGCCUAUAUUGAAUUUGCUGAUAAAGAAGCUGUUUGUGCUAAACGAACAAAUCGGCCUGGUGUAAGUACCACAAACCGACCACCGCGCGCACGAGGUCGUGGAGGCACGCGAGUAAUUGUGAAAUACAUCUACGCUGGUUAUCGGGCUAGACGACCUCCAAGGCGUCGUGGGAUUUUCGCGCCAUACUAA